AUGCCAGAGAAACGAAAGGUUGCAGAACUCGAGGAGCUGGAAAUCAAAUUAGAUGAAAAAGCACCUCUAUCAAAAAAGGAGGCAAGAUUGCUCAAGAAGGGGAAAAAGUCUAUUGAUGAAAUACAAGCGAAAAAAGCUAUCGUUGUUCCUGUGGAGGAACCUAAGACAGCAAAGAAAGAGCCUGAAAACAAGACCAAAAUAGGUGUUUGGAUUGGUAACCUUGCUUAUGAUACGACCAAAGAUGAUGUUAUUAGUUUUUUGGUGGCAAAGAGUGAGAAAAUGGAAUCAGCUAUUACAGAAAGCGAUAUUACUCGAGUGAAUAUCCCCAAGAAGACCGCACAUAAAAUCAAAGGUUUUGCCUACAUUGACUUUAAAUCACAACAGCAUGUGGAAACAGCCAUUGCUUUAUCUGAACAAGAGUUGAAUGGACGCAGAUUGCUUAUUAAGGAUGCCAACUCGUUUGAAGGAAGACCUCAGAAGACUGAAGAGUCGCUUUCCAAAAAUCCACCUUCUAGAGUUCUAUUUGUUGGAAACCUCUCAUUUGAUACGACUGAAGAGCUUUUAGAGGAGCAUUUCAGACACUGCGGAGAAAUCGUUCGAAUUCGUAUGGCUACCUUUGAGGAUUCAGGAAAGUGUAAAGGAUUUUGCUUCAUAGACUUCAAGGACGUCGAAGGACCAACUAAUGCUUUGAAAGACAAGUCAGUGCGCAAACUAAUCAACAGACCCCUAAGACUGGAAUACGGCGAAGACAGGUCUGCUAGAAAAGUUGGUAAAAGAGUUACAGUUAAACCGGCAGUAACAGAGGACAGAGGAAAGAUGGAAGUGCCUCAAAGUCAAACAGAACACAAGAUCAUUGCAAGAGAGAGGGACACGGGUUUCCAAACCAAGAAACUCAGCUUCGAGAAAAAUAAUAGAUAUAGCUCGCAUCAUGACUCGUCCAAAAGAGUUGCUUCUUCAGUGGUACUGGCGAACGCCCCGAGACAGAGCGCAGCAAUAGUCGAGCCCAAGGGCAAGAAGAUUAAGUUUGAUUAA